AUGUUGAACUUUCCCUCAGCUGUCAAGGAGUGUGACUUUGUGGACCACAGUGGGGCAUCUGGUGACACUGAAGAAAUAAACGCAGAAGGAAAUGUGGAGGGAUUGUUGGCUGAUUUCAAACUUAACGUGGGCUUAAAAUGCUCCAAUGAACAAGAGUCGUCCUUUGGCAGACUGAAGAAAGAGGAGGUGGAAGUGAAGGAGUUGGUUAACUACUCGAAAGACAUGUGAGUUGCCCUAUACUGUAAUACACUGAGUGGACAAAACAUUAAGAACACGUGCUCUUUCCAUGACAUAGACUAACCAGGUGAAUCCAGGUGAAAGCUAUGAUUCUUUAUUGAUGUCACUUGUUAAAUCCACUUAAAUCAGUGUAAAUGAAGGGGAGAAAAACAGGUUAAAGAGGGAUUUUUAAGCCUUGAGACAACUGAGACAUGGAUUGUGUAUGUGUGCCAUUCAGCGGAUGAAUGGGCAAGACAAGAAAUGUAAGUGCCUUUGAACGGGGUAUGGUAGUGUCAGGCGCACCAGUUUGUGUUAAGAACUGCAACACUGCUGGGUUUUUCAAGCUCAACAGUUUCCCGUGUGUAUCAAGAAUGGUCCACCACCCAAAGGACUUCCAGCCAAUUUUAUUUUAUUUUUAUAAUAUGUUUAUUAUUUUCCAAUAAAAAUAAAGUAAAAGAGACAGCAAUACAAACAAUGACAUUCAUUGUACUGUUGGAUGGGAUGGCCAGUUUAGAGGACAAAACAAAAGUUAACUCACACAUACACAAAAUAAAACAAAAUCCUAUUAGGUGGUACGUGUAUAAGAAGACAGCAUAUAGUCAUUACAAGCAGUGUAGUUCAGCCAAAAAUAAAUAUUGAGUGGAGUACAGCACAGAGUAGCAGCAGAUCGUCAGCCCAGUUAUGAAGCGGGACUAGACCAUUUAUCCAGUAUCGGCUGCCAUAUUUUGUAAAACAAUGGACUUCUAUUGGAGGUGUUGUAUCGAAUCUUUUCCAUAUGGAUUACAUUCCCUAAAUCCCGUAACCACAUUUCAAAGGUAGGUACAGUCUCCAAUUUCCAAAAUUGCAAUAUGAGCCUUUUGGCUAAUAGAGUACAAAUAGAGACAGCUUUCCCCUCCUGGUUAUUCCCAUCAACUGUACCAAACAGAGCGAUCAAUGGGUCUGGGGCUAGAACUCUAUCAAAGGCCUUAGAUAAGUAAUCAAAACUUCCAGCCAAUUUAACACAACUGUGGGAAGCAUUUGAGUCAACAUGGGCCAGCAUCCCUGUGGAACGCUUUCGACACCUUGUAGAGUCCAUGCCCCGAUGAAUUGAGGCUGUUCUGAGGGCAAAAGGGGAGGUGCAGCUCAAUAUUAGUAAGGUUGAAAUGUUUUGUACAUUCAGCCUGGCCUCAAUGACGUAACAUAGUAAACGUAUAUCUGUGACACUCAAAUUAGUAUGAUAUGUACGGUUACUUAAGCAAGAGGGAGGGAGAUUGGGUGGCGUAUAACGCGAAUGUCUAGCAACCCAACGGUUGCGUGUUCAAAUCACAUCACAGACAACUUUAACAUUUUUGCAACUGCUUACUGCUUUUUAGCUACUUUACAACUACUUAGCAUAUUAGCUAACCCUUCUCCUAACCCCUAACCAUUUACAUUUUAGCCAUUUAGCAGACGCUCUUAUCCAGAGCGACUUACAGUUAGUGCAUACAUUAUUUUAUAUUUAUCAUACUGGCCCCCCGUGGGAAUCGAACCCACAACCCUGGCGUUACAAACGCCAUGCUCUACCAACUGAGCUACAUCCCUGCCAGCCAUUCCCUCCCCUACCCUGGACAACUUGUGCACCGCCCCAUGGGUCUCCCGGUCACGACAGAGCCUGGAUUCAAACCAGGAUCUCUAGUGGCACAGCUAGCACUGCGAUGCAGUGCAUUAGACCACUGCGCCACUCGGGAGUCCUAACCCUAACCUUAACCUCUAACCCUAACCUUAACCCGUAGCGACUAGCUAACAUUGCCCAUCUAGCUAACGUUAGCCACAACAAAGUGAAAUUCCUAACAUAUCAUACGUAUUGCAAAUUCAUAACAUAUUGUACGAAUUGCAAUUAGUAACAUGUUAUACCAAUUGUAAUUCGUAACAUAUCAUACGAAAUGUUGUCAUUUAAAUUGACAACAAGUUCAAUGCAGUCCUCAAUGCAGGAGUCUGAACAGCAGACCCAGACGCUGGCGGAGCUGUAGGUGCUGGCCCAGCAGGUCCACUGGUAGAGACCGGCUUAAAAUAUAGGGGGGGGGGGGGGGGGAAUACAGAGACAACACUAGAGUAUGGUAUCUAAUUUCAGUAAAUCAGAAAAGAGAAAACAUGUUGUUUUAGCUUAUAAGCUUUAUUAGUGUUACCUCCUGGGGGUGAAAUCCAUAGACACCUCUCUGAAGGACCUCCCUGAAACCAGUACAGUUCCACAAACACCAAUGACACUUUUUAUUUAGACACACCAAAUGAUCAAUGAAAUCCUAAAAUGUUUGACAUACUUAAAGGGUGUGAUUAGCUAGUAAUUCUCUCUGUCUCUCCACUUGAGAGAAUGCUGAGUGUCCUUUUAUAUUUAUUUAAUUAUGGAUUUACAAGGGGGUAACACUAAUGACAUAACACUUAAGGACACAUAUUAUAUUUGUAAAAAAUAAUAAUUUAAUAGCCUUCUUUGUUUUUAUUGAUCUAUACAAUAUAUGAAAUACUUUUAUUUACUUUCUAUCAUUCAAAAUAAUAGAUAGAUAUCUCUAAAUCCCCAAAACAUGUCACUACAACUCUACUCAUCACUACUGGGACAAGCCCAUUUGCUUUCCCUAAGUACUUUAAAGAAUGCAUAAAAAUAAUGUUUUGCAGUAUAAAGGACUUACAUUAUGUUUUCACAUUGAUAAACAGUUCAAUAUCAACUAAAACAUGUAUAAUGUCUAACUAUUUGUAAUUUUAGGGUUGUAUUCAAUCCGCAUCACAGAAAUGCAGCUUCAAAGCGUGAUUGAAAUGUAAAGACAUUGUUUUAUUUUACCCUAAUUUACCAGGACUUGGCAGAAACUGCAUUCACGGUAAACGCUGGAUAUAUCGGCUCAAACGGAAAUUACCUUUCAAUUUAUUUAGCGGAAUCCGUAACGCUUCAGUGUUACAGAUUGAAGAGAGCCCUUAAAGUGUUUUUCAUGGUUGCAAAGGCGAGGGACGCAAAAGCCAAUGCAGUUCAAGAAUGACCCUCUAGAAAGAAGCCUAACUAUAACACUUAGCAGACGCUUUUAUCCAAAGCAACUUACAGUCAUGCGUGCAUACAUUUUUGUGUAUGGGUGGUCCCGGGGAUCGAACCAACUACCUUGGCGUUACAAGCGCCGUGCUCUACCAGCUGAGCUACAGAGGACCACUAACACCUUUAAAUAAUAUUUGCUCGCCCACUCUAUAUUUUGUAUAAUUUAUCUGGGUCCCUCCUGCAGACGUCUGGAAAUGACCCACCCUGUGAUCAAGCAGACCCGGGAGAAGCCCAGGGCAAUAUUAGGGGUGUUGAUGGAGAGGAUUAUGACAUCACAACCUUGCCCCGUCACAACCAAAGUCCGGAAGCGCGGCAAUGUAGAAGCCAACGUGAGCACCUGUGUGGCCCUGAGAGAGAAGGUAGGAGGAAAGAUUAACAAGCGUUCUACUGAAAUGAAUGAUGUUUUCAUCAUAUUUUCAUGAGUGGAAAAACAUAAUAAUGUAUAACUGACAACUCAGAUUUAGAUGAUCUCUGUUGUAAAAUAGAUUUUUAAUCUCAAUAAUCUCACUUUAUGAUAGCUAGGCCUACAUAAAUAAUGUAAAUGUCAAGACCAUAUUGACAGAUCACAGAUGUCUGUUCAGUAGUGGUAAUACUCACAGAUGUCUGUUCAGUAGUGGUAAAUGCUGUAGCCCUGGUUUCCCACAUAGAUCAUUUCCUGUUUUUGUCAUUAGAUCCACUUCCUGAAAAUGAAAUAGUGUAGUAGAGGUGACUGUCUGGGUUAGAAUCUGGGUCGUCUGUGCACCAAACGUCUCUGACUGAUUUGACAUUUUCUCCACAGGCCUCUAUGAAGCAGAGCGGCAGUACUCAGACAGAUAGUGAUGUGUCACUGGUUAUUCCUGCGAAUACUGUCGUGGCCUACAGUCUGAUUGAACUCUUUGUCAAAUGCAAUGGACAGUUUGGUGAGGAAGUGUAUGGUUAAUCAAGUGCAAUGUCCCAGGUAUAGCUGCAUGGUUAAGUACCAUGGUAAAGUACACAGCUAGCUUAUGUUCCUCAGUGUGUAUGUGGUACAGCCACUGUAUCUGUCUGUGUGUGACUGGUUAUGGCUGUUGUCUGCUCUUGUCCACAGAGCUGUGCCUCUUCUCCAACAAAGGGGGCUUUGAAAAGGUUAGGUCAAAUUAUGAGUUUGAAGAGGAUGGAAUUAUGGACCUGGUGUGUGACUUUGAUGCCAACAGCCCCCUAAAUCUGAAGAAAGGUAAUAAUGCCAGUGGAGGCUAAUGUCUCCUGUCUAGUGGUCAACAUGCAGUCUACUGAAUGGAUCAUCUGGUCAACAUGUAAUGAAGUCUACUGAAUGGAACGUCUGGUCAACAUGUAAUGUAGUCUACUGAAUGGAACGUCUGUUCAAUAUACCACACUUUUGGUAUAUAAAAAAACAUUAAUCACACUUUGACAAAGUAACAUGGUUUGUCUGUUGUUUUUGUGUUGACAGAACUGGAGAAACUGAGUAGUCAUUUCCAGCUGCUGUCAGUCCUGCCAGCGGCCACACGCUCCUCUCUGCUCCAGCUCCUCAAGACAACCAUGGAGGAUGGAGAGGCAGUCAGUGUGCUGGAGAGUGUGGUGAGUGGGAUGUACAGAAACACGGGCCAAACACACACACACACACACACACACACACACACACACACACACACACACAACUAAUGGCAGGAAUGAAUAUAUCAACCAGAAUAUCUGUAACAUACUCUCGCUCUUAAAUGUACUCUCUCUCACUCUUCUCCCUCUCUCCUCUCUCUCUCUCCUCUCUCUCUCUCUCUCCCCUAUCUCUGUCUCUCUGUCUACAGCUGGAUCGGACGUGUGAUGGUGAGACUCCUGACCUGGGUGAUCUGGAAGAGUCUGAGAGGGAGACAGUCCAGGCCAUACUGGAUCUUGUAGACCAAUGUGUUGGGGAGGAUGAGAUCAGAUCCUCACUUCUCACUGCCAUCCACCUCAUUGUCAGUGCCAUGGACGGUGAGAUAGAGAGCAGUUUCCACAGGAUUCUGUGUUAUUAUUUGAUCAGUUACUGGGAAACUAGGUUCACUACUGUGGUUUUAUAUGUGUGCAUAUUUAUUUCUUCAGGAAUGACAGAUGAGGGUCUCUCUGUGUUGGGAUCCUGUUGCAGUCCUCCAGUCUUACAGGCCCUGCAGAUCCUGGUGAGUUCACACCUGCUUGAUUGAGCCUCCAAUCCUGUAUGGACUGGACUUCAUUUUUCUACAUUUUUGUUUAUGUAAAUGUAUUUGGGUAUAUCUUCCCAUUCUAAAUAAACUAAUAUUUCUACCAUUAUGAUAACAUUGUGCCACCAGUAGAGGUAGUAACACCGAUGAUAGUAACCAGUGCCAUUUUUAACAAAAAUAUUGGUGGGGCAAACUCAAUGAAAAAAGUGAAUAUGAAUCGAUACAUUACUACACUACACUAACCAUAGAAUGCACAAUCAUAAAUAAUUACCACUCACAGAAAUGAGUUUAGAGCCACACACACAAACGUUCUAACAUAUGGGUUAUGAUCAGUUUAUAGGCUACUUUCCCAUAUCUUUGGCUCUCAUUGCACGGAAGACCACGGUAGUCCAGCAUACUUUUAUAGAGUAAAGUACAUUUUACUUCAGAAUCAAUAUCAGCAUUGGUCUGCAAUAUUGCUAAUCAUUGUAACACCAUUCUGAGUGUAGUUGCAUCUGCCUGUUAACAAGAUGCUCCGGUUAUGAAUAAAGCAACAACGUUUAUAAAGCUACUCCCUCGCUUCAACCAUUGCAUAGAAACAGUUCAAUGGGUUAUUAAAUUCUGACAUCAAUCAUUAACAACACGUUGUAGCUAGCUAGCUGUUAGCCACCACAAGUUCUCUCCAAACCACUCAGGUUGAAUUAUUUUCUAACUUGCUUUAUUUUAAUGGAGGCCUGUUCAUUGGCUGAUGAGCACCAAUAUGUCUUAUCUCUACAUUUACUUUAUUACGCAAAGUUUGAACAUGAUUUGCUAGGAGAUAGUUGACAUGAUUCAUGAAGACUUUUCAGCUAGCUAGCUAGAAGACGAUAAACAAUUAUGAAAUUGACACAUCAGUCCAAUCAAAGCUACCGGAGAUAAGACGUCGAUUUAUCUGUGGCAAAUGACAUCAAGCCUUCUUGGGCGGGCACUACUAAUGAAUCUCUAUGGCAGCACCCAAGUGGGCAACCGCUGCCUGAGUCUCCCAGUACAUGCUGUUGCACUGUCCCAAUGAAUUCACUCACCCAUCUGAACCUUUGAGAAUGUGCCAAUCAUGUGCAGCCAAUUGUGCGCAACCAGAGAAGAUCAAUGAGGGCUUUCCCCUGGCUGGCCUCUCCACAACAUUUCACUGAAGGAGGCUGAAACAGCUGCAUUAGGGAGCUGUCUUACUCAAUGAAAAUUGACCAAAAUAACAAUACAACCGGGAAGCGAGGACGUAUGCUUUAUUAGCUCAAGCAAAUCAAAUGUGUUAGCUUACUGAUAUAAUAUCAUGUUGUGACAUGAAUGAAAGCCAGAAUUACAUGCAAAACAUCGCCAUCUCCUGGAUAGUUGUGGGACUGCCCUAAAUGACGUGUCGCCACUGACAGUAACACCAAUGACACAUUUAAGUAAAUUAGGUUUUUCUUAAAUGGAGGCCACCCAUCUCAAAUCUAAGGUCAUUUAACCUUUAGUAAAUUAUUAAGUAAAUUAUUUUUAAAGAGAUUUGAUUCAUCAUUUUGCUCAGAGUGUAAUUUCCCUUCAUUUCAAUUGAGUUACACCAAUUACACUUUUUAUUUAAACACACCAAAUAAUCAAUGGAAUCAUUAUAUUUAUGACAUACUAAAAGGGUGUGAUUAGCAAAUAAUUGUAUUUAAUAUAGACCCCUACCCUAAUAACAGUUUGCCACUGGAAGGAAUGCUCAAGGUCAUUGUAUAUCUUUGUAAUGAGUGAUUUACAAGGCGGUAACACUAAUGAUAUUAAAUAUGUUUAUUUUAUAGCAUUCAAAUAAUCUAAAUCCCCAAAACAUGUCACUACCACUCUACUCAUCACUACUGGGACAAGCCAAUUUGCUUUCACUAAGUACUUUAAACAAUGCAUAAAAAUAAAGUUUUGCAGUAUAAAGGACUAAUUGUCAUUUUAAAGUGUUUUUCAUUGUUGCAAAGUCGAAGGAUGCAAAUGCCACCUUAAUUCAAGAAUGACCCAGAAAAUAAAGCAUAUAAAUGUUAUUCCUGUGCUGCUUGUCCUCCAGGUGCAGCAUGUGGCAGCAGGGAGUGGGGAGACCCUCUCUCUGAGAGAUGCAGGUCUGGCUGUUCUAACUGAGGAGGAGGUGUUUGGGAGGACAGAGAGUCUCUUUGGUCACUCUAAAGUUACACUGAAGAGAGAGGAGGACACACUGAGGACAGAGAUGAAGGACCAGCCUGGAUACCUUCCUCUUGUCAUGAGUAUCACUGUGAAAGGCCUGGCUUCUUUAGUGUAA